GCCUACAGGCUGAUGUUUGUGGAUGUGUAAGUAGGUAUUUUAGCCUUGAACGCCACUACGGUGGAUUGGUAGCUGGCAGCAGAGCGUGGUCAAGCUUGAGUACCUUGCGUCACGUUUUGCAUUACUUAAACAUGGCGUUCAAGGUGGUGCAGCUGGGACUGCUCAGCGUCCUAGUGGGCGUGGCGGUGACUGGUGUCCAAGUAGCUGCGAGCGGGAACUCAUUCCCUUUCUCCCAGUGCGAGAGCUCGGCGCUCAAGAGCCCGUACCGCGUGAAGUAUGAUGGCUUCCUGAUCGAUUAUGAUAAUCAAGACUGGACCUGCUUUAGGAUGUACCUCGACACGGAUGCAGCGACUGACUGCCCAGCCAAGGCAACCGAUACGCCUGAUUGCUGCAGUCCGUCGCUCGCCAAGAUCGAGUUCAACGCUGCACCCUCCUGUGAGGGCUACGUUACCAAGGCGCUGAUGUUCAAGGGCUACGACGACUCGGCGAACGGCGUUGUGGAGAAGAUCUUCCCCGUGGGUAUCGAGGUGCUCACCCCCGACGUGUCCGCUGUCAUCCGGAUCUCGAAGGGUCUCAACCUGGACCAGUCAGUGCUGGCCAAGUACCCUGAGGGUCUGCCAUUCUGCCUGAACCGCAAGCCCGACGUCUGCUCGGAGGCCCAGACGUACAUGUACGAAGGGACUGCCGUGUACCAGUACGCCAUCUUCGACGCCAGCUCGGAGUGCUGCCCCACAGGGUGCAAGUCCUUCGCCCCGACUGACUACCCCUGGCGCGCCGUGUUCCACAACGUCACUGAGGGCAAGGGCGGCCAGCGUGUGUGCAUGAAGCUGUACGUGGACGAGGCCGCUGCCGCCACCUGCAACAACGCGGUCGGCUGCUGCACGCAGCGCCUCCAGAAGGUCGAGAUCCUGGCCAACCGCCAAUGCCGGGGCUCCAUCUCCCAGUUCACGAUGACCGGCGUCACCGGCACCAAGUCCUCCUUCCUGUGGCACAACACCUUCCCCACGCUUAAGUUCACUAACCUCAAUCUGCCGUACAAGGUGGGCGAGGAUGGUGCCUUCCUGUGCUUCUCCAUCAAGGGCCCCAGCUGCACCAACCUCCAGCAGCUCUGCUCGGAGGGACCUCGGGGCUGUGAGGUGGCUACAUUCGCGCCACCAGGCAACUCCUGUUGUCCGAUCAACUACAUGCCCUACGUCUAAGCUCUGGGCGCGGCUGAGCCGCCAACCAACUAAACCGCCCCACACCGAGCUUAACUUCAGGCCCAGUGACACACGUGCUAAAGUACCGAUCAUCACCGCCACCAUCACUGCGGUGACGGCAGGGGGCCCUGUGGGGCUGCGGUGGGGCAAGGCACAUGCUGGUGUUGAGAUGUGUGAGAUGGGAUGACGAAAUGGACGGAAUGGUAUGGCGUGUCCAAGUGUGAUAGCUGGCAGGUGUCAGGCGUGGCGCAUGAAUGACUGUGGGGGCUGGUUGUGAUGGGACGCGCGACAUAGUCCCGGGCACCCAUCCCGUGCUGGCGCCCUGCCCUGCCCUGCCCUGCUUUGCCCCGCACUUGAGCGCUUUUCCUUUUGCGCUUUCCCGUGUAUGAGGGUGCCACGUCCCUCCCCCGGCCGUUCUACCCUCUCCCGCUUCUACCGCAUCACUGCCGCCCUCUUGCGAGCUUAGGGCAGGGCAUGGCACGGCCAGGCAGGGCAGGGCCGGGCAGGGCCGGCGAAAAUGAUUUGCAGGAUGCGCUCUGAGCUCUGAGAAUUUAACCUUGCGCAAGUAGUUCGUGUGCAUUUGCCGACGGACAACUGUUUAUCCGAGGGAAUAUCGCUUAUGACUCUGUAUGAUGUGGAUGUAUGUUUGUAUGUAUGUACGUAUGGUAGAUGGGAGCAUGUCUGUGUGUACGUGCGUUGCGUCUUUAGGUCGCUCGGGGGCUUAUGCGCCUGCAGGAGCUGUGGCGGACUGCAUCCGUACCGUGUGGUAUUUUGCCGUACGUGGGGUCUCGUUGAGUUGCGGUCGAGUUGCUCUCAAGGGGAGGGGGCUACGUGCAAGGCAGUGGACUGCGGCGUGGUGUGUUUGCGUGCCAGGCUUUCCUGGGGCCCUAACUUUGCCGUCGACUGACAGACAGACAGACUGACAGGCGAAUGGUCGUGGUCACAGGCGGGUUGGGUGGGGCAGCAACCACCCCUCAGUGUUUUCCCUUUUGCAAUAUCCCCCUCCCCCCUUCUAUUCCUACUCUUCUUCAACCAUACCCCGUCAAUUUGGCCUAUGUCCAUUCCUUUAACACCCUUGGCAUUCGAAAGCUACAUGGUUUCGUACGUUCACUCAUCCAUUCACUCAUUUAUCCAUCGCCCCAUCUGUCACAGCAAGCGGGCUGCACAGCACUUGUGAACUUUGCUGCAAACUGGUGUACUAAAACGGGUUUUACUGUCAGCUUGGUCGAUCCCAGGCCGUGGGUGGGGAGAUGCAGGCGGGCAUGGGCAUGCAAAUGGUGGUGCUGGCUGGCUCGAGGAGUCCUUAGCGUGAUGGUGCGUGCCCCUAUGUGUCCAUGCGUAUACGUAUGUGAAUGUGUGCACGUGUCUCUUUUGAGACAAUGAGCACCUUUCACACACUACCGAAAUGUAUACUACGCGCACGCGCACGCCUGUUUCUUGAUGAUCACAACGACGAAUCGAGUGCAUGCAACGCAACGCAAGCCAAAGCAUGCUGCUGCAAGCGUGAACGGGUGUGUCGUGGUGUAUGUGGCCGUACGUGAGUAUGUAUGUAUGCACAUGUGCUGCGCGUGUCAUUUGUGCUGAAGACCUUCUCUAUCUUUUCAGGAUGUGAUGGGUUUUGCGGGAGGUGUUAGUUGCAAGGGUAUCUGCGAAGAGAGACAACGGAAAUAAGGAAAGCAGAGGAGGCUCGCACGGAGC